CAGCCGAGACCAUCCUCUGUUUUCUCUCCCUCUGCUUCUUCCAGGCUGAAAAAGCAACCGCCCGGGCAGCAGGACAAUGGCGAAGGGCGGCCUGAGCAAGCUCAAGUGCAUGAUCAAGCGGUGGCACUCGUCGAGCCGGAUCUCGCGCACGCACUCGGCGGGGUCGCACGGCGGCGACGGCGGCGAGGAGCAGGACACGUGGCGCCACGGCAUCGCCUCGGCCGUCGUCGGCGGCGGCCGCGGGGCGGGGUCGGCGUCGUUCCACGGCGCCGACGGCGUGCCCCCGGGCCUCCACCCCGUGUACGUCGGCAAGUCGCGCCGCCGCUACCUCAUCGCCGCCGACCUCGUGGGCCACCCCCUGUUCCAGAACCUCGUCGACCGCUCCGGCGGCGGCGCCGCCGCGUCAGCCGGGGCAGGCGGCACCAUCGUGGGCUGCGAGGUGGUACUGUUCGAUCACCUCCUAUGGAUGCUGGAGAACGCCGAGCCGCAGCCCGAGUCGCUCGACGAGCUCGUCGAGUACUACGCCUGUUGAUCUGCUCUGCUCUGCUCGCCGGAGCCGGAGCAGGAGGCUUCUGCGAAGGGUAAUUUAGUAAUCCGGUCGGGUUGUUCUUUGUUUCCUUAAGGUUAGGGGUAGAACUGUAAUAUACGCCUGUCGAUCGAGUACGAGCGAGUAAUUGAGCCGUGUGGAGAAUUUAUUUAACCUUGUGGCGUUCGUGGUAAUUCGGAGAUUAGCUGCAAUCACCGCGCGCCCAAGAAAGAAAAUGCUCUUCUGGAGCAGAUUUCUCUAAUGUUGGUGUAAUAGCUUCAUUCUUCUUCUUAUUUCCCCCUUCUUUUUCUUCUCCCCUUGAAAUAAUAUUUGGGGAUCAAUGCAUUAUGCAUCCAUGUACAUUUCCAUCGAUGUAUAAAAGUGCAUGCAGGCUCGUUUCUUAUUA